AUGAAUAAGUUUGAAAAUUUUUAUAACUUCCCUAUUUCAUAUGAGAAUAGAAAAAAUAAAAUAUAUAAAUAUGAUCCUUUAGAAUAUAAUAAAAUGAAUUAUAAUAUUCCAGAAUAUCAGAGGUGUCCAUAUUACAUGUAUGAGCAUAACAAUUUAUAUAAUACUCAAUCAUAUUAUAGACCUAAUAUAAAUGUAGAUAGAAAUUCUUUUUAUGGAAAGACUCUAGAUCCUAAUGAUCAGAUAUAUGAAGAGAAUGAUUGUGUAUAUAAUAUAUUAGAAGAGGAACAUAAAAAUGAGGCAUUUAAAAAAAAAGUGGAAUGUAAGAAUAAAGAUGAUGAUAUGAGGAAGAUAUAUAAUAAAUUUGAAAAAAAUGAAGAGGCACAUCCAAAAGAUAGAUCAAGUAUAAGAAUUAUAUAUAAUGAUGAUGAACAAAUAGACAAUAAUCUAUAUGAUGAUGAAAAUGAUGAUAUAUGUGAUAAUAAUAUAAUGAAAAAGAAAAAAAGAAACAGAAAAGUAUUUAUGGGCAAGUAUUUUUUUUCUGAUAUUAUAAAUACUAUUAUAUAUCCUUGUAAAAAUAAAUCAUUACAAAUGUAUCAAUAUGAUUCUGUUGAGAAUAUAGAUUAUUCGUUAUAUAAUGAUAUUCAAAAGGGUCAGAAAAUGCAGAAGGUAGAUACCAUAAAAAAUAAAAAUAUAAAGCAACCCCAAAUUAUUGUUAAAUUUUGA